UUUUAUCAUUCAAGCACAAAACAAAACAAAGGACAAUUUUUCAAAAUAUUUACGCACCAAAAAGCCUUGCACAAAGUAUCUUAACACCACAAACUGUAUUUUUUAAUUACGGCUCACGUGCCCCAAAAUGAACCUCAAGAUUUUCCUGAUAUUCUUCUGCCUGGAGCAAGUGAGUUCUGGUGUGGAGUCGUAUCGAUUUCUAAAAAUUUACGACAGAGACAUUUGUCCAAAUGCAGAUCUAAUGUCCAGCAUACCGUUCAAGCCUUUGAAGGAAUUUUUGGAUCCGUCCAAAAAGCUAAAACUGGAAAAUGGGAAAGAUUCCGCCGUCGUUGUGGAACAAAAACUGGGACCAAAAAGCUUCCAUCGGAGCUUCCAACUAAAUUGUGUCUUCAAAAUUGACGCCAGCAAGAAGAACAAGGGACUUUUUAUCGUCAUCCGUCGUCUCAACUUCCGAAAGAAGAAUUUUAACGAGUGUCGCGAUUAUAUUCGCGUGGAAUUCGGCAACAAAACCAAAUCCGAGAAAAUUUGCGGCAACGUUGGGCGUAAUGAGGCACCGAUUGCCCUUAUAGAUGGCACGGCAAAGGUCAAAGUCGAAAUUAACAUCGACACGGAAACGCCCUUGAAGCAACAUGAGGAAGAUUUGGACUUUUCAAUUGUUUUUACGGGAUUUUCAAGUUGCACAAGAGAACGACGAAGCUGCUUCCUUCCACCAACGAAGGACCCGUCACAUUUAAUCGAUCUCGAUAAUGAUGACAACUCGAAAUCCGAAUCAGAGGAAGACUUAACUCACGAAGAGUACUGCAUUUCCGAGCAUUUUUGGCGCGACAACAUCGUAAAUUGCCCCCAAAAUUGUCUCGAUGAAGGUGGAUGCGUAGAGCCCGAAAUAGAGCCGUUGCUUCAACCAUCGACAAUUUUUGUGUCAGCCAUUACUUCGUUAGUUUUCACAAUGGUCAUUUUCGGAACGUGUCUUUGGUUCUGCUUCAAGUGCAAAGAUUGCUCGUCGGAUGUAAGACGUCGCGACGCUCAAAAUGUGCGUCAGAGAGCGCGAGCCAACAAUCGAGCACCGACCGACAUCGACUUGGAAACACCCGAUUCUAGUCGCAAUUUGAACGGCGGUCCCAUGAUUCGACCUUCGGCACCGGAAAAACAGGACUUGCCGCCAUCCUAUGACGAUUUGUUCCCCUCGGAGAGCCAUGACAGAUAGAAUUUCUUACUUAACCGUGACACGCGGAAUGAUUGCUGGCGUGAAUGUGACGUGUGUGAUGACUGAUACCAUUUACUAGAUCUUAGAGUUUCUACACGAACAAAACAAAAUAAUUUACCGAAGCCAAUAUUAGUCACUUUGUAAUUAUUACUUUGUAGAGCUUAGUUUGUAAGUUUGUUGGUGUUUAUACCAUUUUACGUGUAAAAGACUUUAUAAUAAAAAUAUAUGACUAUGCAAUAAAAAAUAGCAAACUAAGAUUGUUGUUGUUG